AUGUCAAUCUCAUUUAAUUGUACAGUAUCGACCGAGGGCGAUUGCACCAUGCGUAUAAGAUUCGUGCCCCUCCGGCGAUCGAAAAAUUUCUAUCGAGACGUUACUGAUGAGAGAGGUCAUAUUGGCCCUUUUCGUCCCGGUGUGGAAGUGGCUAUUUCACCGAAAAGUAAACGGCAAAGCCAUAUCCUUUCGUCACGCUCUCCCCAUGAGUAG